GACGUGUUCACACCGUAUCUAUCUACUAUAAAUAUCACGAGUCUGGCACUUUUCGCAAUGGCCGCCAUUAGAGUAGCUUUCAAUUCCCUCAAUUUGCUCGCUCCGACUUCAUCUUCUUGCGCCUGCCACUCGGUUUUAACGAAAUUGCAAUUUCGGCCCAUCUGGGGAGUUUCCUUGACGUUCGCACCCCUCUCUUCUAGAACAUCAAAUCGAAUGGCUCAUUCCAUUGCUCGCGCCACCCUCGGCCUCACUCAAGCCAACAAGAUCGACGCCCAAAAGAUCUCAUUUACUGCGAAAGAGAUCGAUUUGGUUCAAUGGAAAGGAGACAUACUUGCCGUCGGCGUAACAGAAAAGGACAUGGUGAAAGACGAGAAUUCAAAGUUCAAGAAUUCGAUCCUUCAAAAACUAGAUUUACAGCUAGGUGGAUUGCUAUCCGAAGCCUCGUCUGAAGAGGAUUUCACCGGAAAAUCCGGACAAUCAACUGUUCUUAGGUUUCCCGGUAUUGGUUCGAAAAGGGUUGGUUUGAUCGGUCUCGGUUCAACUUCGUCGCCAACUUUGACUUAUCGCAGUCUCGGUGAAGCUGUGGCUGCAGUAGCAAAAUCUGCUCGUGCAAGUAAUGUUGCCAUUGCACUUGCUUCUUCUGAAGGAAUCUCUGCAGAAUCGAAGCUGAGCACUGCUUCAGCCAUAGCUACUGGAACUGUGUUGGGGACUUUUGAUGAUACUAGGUUCAAGUCGGAAUCGAAACAGUCAGCUCUUAAAUCGGUGGAUAUUAUUGGUCUUGGUAGUGGGCCCCAGAUAGAGAAGAAACUGAAAUAUGCAGCAGAUGUUUGUUCCGGGAUUAUCUUCGGGAAACAGCUUGUAAAUGCUCCGGCUAAUGUACUCACCCCUGGAGUACUUGCAGCAGAAGCCUCGAGAAUUGCUUCUGAACACAGUGAUGUUUUGUCUGCAAAAAUAUUGGAUGUGGAGCAGUGCAAAGAAUUGAAAAUGGGUUCGUAUUUGGCUGUCGCCGAAGCGUCUGCCAAUCCUGCACACUUCAUUCAUUUGUGUUACAAGCCUUCUAAUGGAGAAAUCAAGAAAAAGAUUGCCUUGGUCGGAAAAGGCUUGACUUUCGACAGUGGUGGCUACAAUAUAAAGACAGGAGCAGGCUGUUCUAUUGAACUCAUGAAAUUCGAUAUGGGUGGCUCAGCAGCGGUGUUGGGUGCAGCUAAAGCUCUUGGUCAGAUAAAACCGUCUGGAGUAGAGGUUCACUUUAUUGUUGCGGCUUGUGAGAAUAUGAUCAGUGGAACAGGUAUGCGACCUGGAGAUGUCGUCACAGCUUCUAACGGGAAAACCAUUGAGGUGAACAAUACCGAUGCUGAAGGCAGACUUACACUUGCAGAUGCAUUGGUAUAUGCCUGUAAUCAAGGUGUAGAGAAGAUCGUGGAUUUGGCUACACUGACUGGAGCGUGUGUUGUUGCUCUCGGACCCUCUAUUGCUGGUGUUUUCACACCGAGUGAUGACCUGGCGAAAGAGGUAAUCGGAGCUUCAGAGAUAAGCGGUGAAAAGCUUUGGAGGAUGCCAAUGGAGGAUAGUUAUUGGGAUUCGAUGAAAUCGGGAGUGGCUGAUAUGGUCAAUACUGGUGGCCGUCAAGGUGGCGCAAUCACCGCAGCUCUUUUCUUGAAACAGUUUGUGGAUGAGAAGGUGCAGUGGAUGCAUAUCGACAUGGCAGGCCCGGUUUGGAACGACAAGAAGAAAAAUGCAACGGGUUUCGGUAUUUCUACAUUGGUCGAAUGGGUGCUGAAGAACUCUUCUUAAAUUCGCGUUUUUGAAUUUAAAAUCGAUGAAAUAUCGAACAUUCUAUGCACUUGUCUAAACUAAACUAAAAAUUUCAUAUAAUUUGAUGCCAUUUAUGUGGAAUUGCGCAGGAAAUAAUUUAUUCUAUGAAUAAGAGUGCAAUAGUAUUUUAUUGAACUUA